CGACUUAGAACAGGAAGCAUCAGGGGCAGUGUCUUCUCCCCGAUGUGACAGUGGACCAGCCUGAGAAGAUCACAGCUCAACCUGCCCCAACCAAGCCAGGACACGCAGUGCCAGGGAUCUAGGACAUGAGUGGGAUCCGUCUAAUCUUUGGCUGAAGGGUGAACUUCAGUUUUGAGUUGAAAGGGUGUCCGGGGACCAAAUUCUCAGAGUUUCUCCAGUCUCUGUCAGAACAGUCAUGCCAGGCCGGCACACCCUGCUGCUCACAUUGGUGGGACUCCUCUCCUUUGGGUCUGUCCUGCCCCAGGAGUGCACCCAGUACAAGGUCAGCACCUGCCGGGAGUGUGUGGAGUUGGGGCCCGGCUGCGCCUGGUGCCAGAAGCUGAACUUCACUGUACGCGGGGAGCCAGACUCUGUCCGCUGUGACACCAGGAACCAGCUGCUGAUGAAGGGCUGUGCAGCCGAUGACAUCGUGGACCCCAGGAGCCAUGCAGAGGCCCAGGACAACCAGGCUGGGGGCCGCGAGCAGCUGUCCCCACAGAGUGUGACGCUUUACCUGAGACCAGGCCAGGCGGCCAUGUUCAAUGUGACCUUCCGGCGGGCCAAGGGCUACCCCAUUGACCUCUACUACCUGAUGGACCUGUCCUACUCCAUGCUGGAUGAUCUCAUCAAUGUCAAGAAGCUGGGGGGCGACCUGCUCAAGGCCCUGAACGACAUCACUGAGUCAGGCCGCAUUGGCUUUGGCUCCUUUGUGGACAAGACGGUGCUGCCCUUUGUCAACACACACCCCGAGAAGCUGAAGAACCCAUGCCCCAACAAGGAGAAGGAGUGCCAGGCCCCGUUUGCCUUCCGCCAUGUGCUGAAGCUGACCGACAACUCCAACCAGUUUCAGAAGGAGGUCGGGAAGCAGUUGAUUUCUGGGAACCUGGAUGCCCCCGAGGGUGGCCUGGAUGCCAUGAUGCAGGUUGCCGCAUGCCUGGAGGAAAUUGGCUGGCGCAACGUCACGCGCCUGCUGGUGUACGCCACGGAUGAUGGCUUCCACAUUGCCGGAGAUGGGAAGCUGGGUGCCAUCCUGACUCCCAACGACGGCCACUGUCACCUGGAGGACAACUUGUACAAAAAAAGCAAUGAAUUUGACUACCCAUCAGUGGGGCAGCUGGCACACAAACUGGCUGAGAACAACAUCCAGCCCAUCUUCGCUGUGACCAAGAGAAUGGUGCCAACCUAUGAGAAGCUCACAGAGAUCAUCCCCAAGUCGGCAGUCGGAGAGCUCUCUGAGGACUCUAGCAACGUGGUCCAGCUCAUCAAGAAUGCCUACAACAAACUCUCCUCCAGAGUCUUCCUGGAACACAGCACCCUCCCUGACACCCUGAAAGUCACCUACGACUCCUUCUGUAGUAACGGGGUCAUACGGCUAGACCAUCAUAGAGGUGACUGCGAUGGCGUGCAAAUCAACGUCCCGGUCACCUUCCAGGUGAAGGUCACGGCUACAGAGUGUAUCCAGGAGCAGUCAUUUGUGAUCCGGGCCCUGGGCUUCACGGACACGGUGACAGUGCGCGUGCACCCCCAGUGCAAGUGCAACUGCCAUGAUGCCAGCUCUGACCGCAGCCACUGUGGCAACAAGGGCGUCGUGCAGUGUGGCAUCUGCAGGUGCGACCCCGGCUACAUUGGGAAGACCUGUGAAUGCCAGACGCAAGGCCGCAGCAGCCAGGAGCUAGAGGGGAACUGCCGAAAGGACAACAGCUCAGUUGUGUGCUCAGGACUGGGUGACUGCUUCUGUGGAGAGUGCAUCUGCCACAGGGCCGAUGACCCCAAGAAGCACAUCUAUGGGCCCUACUGCGAGUGUGACAACUUCAACUGUGAGCGCUACGAUGGCCAGAUCUGCGGUGGCGAGACGAGGGGGAUCUGUGACUGUGGCAAAUGCCAAUGCAAACAGGGGUUUGAAGGCUCGGCCUGCCAGUGCCCUAAGUCCACCGAAAGCUGCCUGAAUGUGCGGCGAGUUGAGUGCAGUGGGCGCGGGCGAUGCCGCUGCAACGUGUGUGAGUGUGACCCCGGCUACCAGCCACCCCUGUGUGAGGAAUGCCCAGGCUGCCCCAUGCCCUGCAGCCGCUAUGUCUCCUGUGCCGAGUGCCUGAAAUUCCAAAAGGGCCCCUUUGGAAAGAACUGCAGCGAGGCGUGCCCGGGAAUGGAGCUGAAAUACGGCUUCUUCCCGAACCGGCCUUGCAAAGAACGAGAUUCAGAGGGCUGCUGGAUUACUUACAUGCUGAUCCGGCGUGAUGGAAAAGACCACUACCACAUCCAGGUGGAGGAAACACGAGAGUGCGUGGAGGGGCCCAAUGUGGCCGCCAUCGUGGGGGGCACAGUGGCAGGCAUUGUGCUGAUCGGCAUCCUUCUGCUGGUCAUCUGGAAGGCCCUGACCCACCUGAGCGACCUCAGGGAGUACAAGCGAUUUGAGAAGGAAAAGCUCAAGUCCCAGUGGAACAACGAUAACCCCCUUUUCAAGAGCGCCACCACCACGGUCAUGAACCCCAAGUUUGCCGAGAGUUAGGGAGCACUUGGAGAAGACAAUGACCGUCGGAAACCACCAGAUGGGACCAGCCUCACACCAGGUCUCUCCCCCAGCACAGCCACCAAGCCCCACCUCGUGGGACACGGCUUCCAGCUCUCGACAAUCUCAUCAAUUAACCAAAACUUCUGGGUUUUUUUUUUUUUUUCUGCCCUCAAAAUUAUAGAUAUAGCCUAGUUUUUAUAUGGACUCAUCAACAGGGACAGCCUCCCCUUGAUGAUCUGUACAGCUCUUUUUGAUGGAGACUUGAAAAAGGAAUCACUUAAGUCCUCUAAUAUUAGAUAACGUGUUUUCCAGUUAGGGUCAGGGGCUUGAUAAAAGUGCAAAUUUAUUUAUAUUUAAAACUUAUAAAUGCAUGAAACUCCAUUCCAUUCAUUAUGCUGUUAACCAUCAUGUGUAAAGAAAAGAAAUAAACCUUUCGUGAGGUGUCCUAGGA